AUGAGGGUCGACUCGCCUGGAGUUCCUCGCAGGGUGCAGGCGGCCUCUCCAGGGUCGUUGCCCUCGGCUGCUUCACCUGCCGAGUCGCUGAAGGCCUCGCCAGCAGCCAAGUACGAGCGGCUCGAGUCCAACAUCGGCGAGGGCACCUACGGUAAGGUGCACAAGGCUCUUCACACCAAGAGCGCGCAAGUCGUCGCGAUCAAGAAAGCCAAGGUUUCGGCCGUGGACGCGGACAUCGGUGGGGUCGGCUUCACUGCCCUCCGAGAAAUCAAGGUAAUGAAGGCCGUGUGCCAUCCAAAUGUAAUGGGCUGCUUAGACGUCUUUGCAGAGCGGGGAAUCCUGCAUCUAGUCAUGGAGUUUAUGGACGGCGACCUCAAGAAGGUCAUUGAGGACAAAGCCCUGGCACUCUCCGAGGCACACUGCAAGUGCCUUGCCAAGCAGUUGCUGCAGGGCCUUGGCGCGCUUCACGAGCGCUUCUUCGUCCAUCGAGAUGUCACUCCGAACAAUGUUCUGUUGAACUUCCAGAGUGGAGUUGCCAAGCUAAGUGAUUUUGGCUUCACGCGCAUCAUUGGCCAGGACGACGACAGGCCGAUGACCGCAGCAUGUACCACACUUUGGUAUCGCGCGCCGGAACUGUUUUUCGGCGCGAAGCAGUAUGGCCAGGCUGUUGACAUCUGGAGCAGUGGCUGCAUCGUUGCGGAAAUGCUGAUGCGGGAGGCCAUGUUCCCGGGGCGUGGUGAGUUUGGAAUGCUGCAAAAGAUCAUUGAGCGACGCGGGACGCCUUCGGAAGAAGUUUGGAAGGAUGUAUCCUCACUGCCAAACUUCGUGGAGUUCACCCCGCAUCCGAAGGCGCAAAUGGAGCAGAUCCUGCCAAACACAUCGACGGCCUCGCAGGCCUUCGUGGACUUGCUGCUGACUCUGGACCCGAAACAGCGCCCCACUGCUGCUGGGGCCCUCGCGCACGACGCUUUGAAGAUGGUGGAUAGCUGGAGAAAGAUCCUGCAGUGCGCAAGGUUGGCCGUUGAAGUCAGAAUACAGAAGGCAAGUUUUGCAGGGCACUUGAGUUCCUCCAACCUGAACUGCAUCUACAUAGGACCUGGCACGGAGCAAAGAAGUAGUCAGCGAAAGGUGAACUUCAACUGUGGGCUCUGCUCCUUAGACGUGUGGCAUCGUGUAGCUACUCGACGCGCUCGCAGAAACAAUGUGCAGCGCCUCACCGGGUCCACGGGAGAGGGGCGUUUCACCCCCGCUUCCUUGUGCACUGCAGUCUUGAUUCCCAGUUUGGCCUUGCAGUCUGCGAUUGUUCAUGAUUUUGUCUGCAUCAACCUCUUCGAAGCCAGAAGAGCUGAGGACAUCAUCCAGGCGAAAGCUGGCAAGCAGUCUAGGCUACUGGACGUCCUGAAGCGUCAGCCUCCUGUCAAGGACACAGUCGUCAUUGAAUCCGACGAGGAUGGCCCAGCAUCGCCCAGGCAAGCACAGAUCUUGACAACUCCAAAGGCGAAAGAGGCGAAAUUGGCAGAUUCUCGACCAACAUCGAAAGAUGCAUCGCCCAUGGCCGAAUCCUCGUCACCAGAGGAGCCAACCCGGAAGCGCUCGCGAAUCACCACGAAAACCAGCGAGAAAACAGUGGAACAGAUCUACCAAAAGAAGACGCAGCUAGAACAUAUCCUUCUGAGGCCUGACUCGUACGUUGGCUCCGUCGAGCGUCAGCAGCAGGAGCUGUGGACGCUCUCUGGUGGGAGCAGCAGCAGCGCUCAAAGGAUGGUGCGGAGGAAGGUGGACUAUGUGCCGGCCCUCUACAAAAUCUUUGAUGAGAUUCUCGUGAAUGCUGCGGACAACCUGAUUCGGGACCCAUCCAUGAACACCAUCAAGGUUGAAAUUAGCGCGACGCAGUCACGAAUCUCAGUCUGGAACAAUGGCAGGGGGCUGCCAGUGCAGGUCCACAAAGAGCAUCGUUGCUAUGUGCCGACGUUGGUCUUUGGCCAUUUGCUGACCAGUGACAACUACGACGACAGCGAGAAGAAAGUUGUGGGAGGUCGGAACGGUUAUGGAGCCAAGCUGACCAACAUCUACUCCAAGAGCUUCGUUGUCGAAACUGCUGAUACGAGCAGCCACCGCAAGUAUCGGCAGCAAUGGAGUGACAACAUGAGGUGCACGGAGGAGCCGGAGAUCGUACCCUACAAGGGGAAGGACUUCACAUCCGUGACCUUCGAGCCAGAUCUGCGCCGAUUUGGCAUGACUCACUUGGAGGACGACAUCGUGGCACUGAUGCAGCGCCGUGCGUACGACGUGGCUGCCUCCACGAGAGGUCGCUGUGAGGUGUACCUGAACGGACAAUGCUUGGAGGUAGAUUCUUUCGAGGACUACGUCAGUCUUUUCCUCGAUCCAGAUGACUUCAGGAUAUCUGAGGCCUGCAAUGACAGAUGGGAGGUGGCCAUUGCCCUGACAGACGGCAGCGGCUUCCGCCAAGUCAGCUUCGUGAACUCCAUCUGCACCAGCCGAGGAGGCACCCAUGUGAACUGUGUGGCAGACCAGGUCGUUUCGGCAGUCAUGGAUGAGUUGGCCAAAGAGAAGGCCAACAAAGCAGGAAAUCUGGCGGUGAAACCUCAACAUGUGCGGAACCACCUCUGGGUCUUCGUCAAUUGUUUGAUUGAGAAUCCGGCUUUUGACUCGCAGACAAAGGAGACGUUGACCACCAAGAGGGAGCGCUUUGGGUCCACCUGCGAGUUGUCGGAAGUGCUCCUGCAGGCAGUGUGCACCAGUGGCAUAGUCGAGACACUGCAGGAAUGGUCCAAAGCCCUGGGCAAAAGCGAGCUGGCACGACAUCUCAACAAGAGCGUCACGCUGGCGGUUCUUGUGUUGAGAUGCAGUUUGGACAGCACAUGCCUGGAGGUGUCAAUAUCUAUCUUAGCGUGCACUCAGGAGGGCGGGCGCGCCAAUCGGGUAGAGUCGCCGGUCUUCGCUAGUGGCGGCGGUGGCAACAAUGCCAACAACAUUCGGAUGGGUGUGCCUGGCAUGAUGAUGGGCAUGGGCCAAGGUAUGCGAAUGCCCAUGGGCAUGCCCAUGAUGGGCAUGCCCAUGAUGGGCAUGAUGGGAAUGCCCAUGAAUCCCAUGAUGGCCAUGCCGAUGAACCCCAUGAUGGGCAUGGGCAUGAAUGCCGGCAUGGGCGCGCAGUCGCCGCAGUCCGGACAAGGAGCCGACCGGAGUGCUGGGGUGAACCCUCCAAGCACGGCCGUGGUGCCGCCAAAGGUCGACACCCAGCCCAGCCUGGAGUCCAAAGGGCUUCCACCGGGGCUUCCGCCGGGUGUCGUCCACCGCGAGCGAAGCCGUAGUCGAGAUGUCGUGCGGGCGCCACCGAAGGCCGAGAAGGAGCCCGAGCCAGCUCGGGAGCCCACGCCUCCUCGAGAGAAGACGCCUCCAAGAUGUCACCUUCACAACACGAAGAAGCCCAAUGCAAAGUGCAAGUUCUGCCAGAAGUGGCUGGCAAGCCAAAGCCAGGCCCACCCUGAAUCUGACAAGGCUCAUUGUGCUGAUAAAGAUGGUGGCAAGCACAAGGAAGACAAAUCCAAACACAAGGAGGUGGAAAAGGCACUGCCACGAGUCGAAGAAGAUGAGGAAGACUAUUCCCGUCGCACCUUCAAGUGCAGUAGCUUGCUGAAGGAUCAGAUCUUUGGCUCCAGCUACUUCAAGAGCCUCUUAGACAUCAGCGAUCUCGACCCCUUGACAGAAGAGAUCGCCAAGUAUGCCGACACCCUCGAUGUGUACAACUCGGGGAACAAUGUGCAUCCUUCCUGCUUCAUUUGUCAGGUCUAUCGCCUCUUCACCCUGCCGCAGUCGGAGGACUUGGAUGAGCUCCUGGCAGUCCUGGAUGCAAAUCCUUCGGCCAAGGUUCGCUGUGCUGCAUUCCUGUACGUCCGCUUUGUGGUACCUCCGAACAAGCUGUACGACAAGCUUGAGGAGAACCUCUUUGACGAUCAGGAGCUGAAGUACGUUGAUGGUGACAAGCAGGUUACGACCACCAUUCGUGAGUAUGUGGAGAACCUGAUGAUCAAGGACAGAUACUACAACACCCCGCUGCCAAGAAUUCCUGUCAAGGUUCGGCAGCACUUGGAAAAGGAGCUUGCGCCCCUCUCACAGUUUCGGAAGCGCAUGGCUGCCGUCCAGAGGGAACUGCCUCCAAAGAAGGUUGCCGGCACAGCCGUGGAAGUUUAUAUAGACGGCAGCUGGCUACCCGGCCACAUCAAAAACUACGUAGGCCAGCACAAGCGCAAAGUGAGCAUCCAGUUGGAAGACGGUACGAUGGUCCAGUCCCACUUGGGAAAGGUUGUUCUGAGAGAUGAGGAAGUAGAUGACAAAGACAAGGAGAAAGACAAGGACAACGACAAAGACGAGAAAGAUGAGGCUCUGGUCGACGAGAAGAAGGAAGGCGAUGAUGAAGAGAAGACAAAGGACGAAGACCACGACCAGAAGAAGAAAAAGAAAGACAAGAAGGACGACCGCGACAGCAGUCGCAGCAGAAGUCGUAGCCGCAGCAGACAUCGAAGUCGCAGCCGCAGCCGCAGACGCCGGGGUAGCUCUCCAGAUUGGGCCCGCUACAAGGGCUCCAUGGACCCCAGCGAGAUCGAGCGGCUGCGAGAAAAGGCGAGAGAAGAGGCAGUAGUCGGCGUGGGCAAGGCUUACUCCAAGAGACCGACCACAGUCGAGGGUGAGAUGUGGCGGGGAAGCGGGUCCGAAGGGCGCGUCUCCAUGCUCGGCUCUCGUGACGGCUAUGGCUCUGCCCGAUCUUCUGGCGCGAAGGGUUCCUCUGACACCGAGAUUAGGAGCAGAAUCUCGCGUGAAGAGGAAGAGGAGCACAAACGGCGGAUGCGAGAGAUCUAUGAGAAGUACGGCUCUGUGUCAAAAGCCACAUCCGGUAAUACGGGGACACAGCGCACCUCAGAGAUUGACCAGCCGGAUGUGCUCCGCUUGGGCUGA